AUGCCGCAGUUGAGGUCAGGGAAAGUGGUGAGAGCCAGCGAGGUGGAGCUGGUUGACCCGGAGGUCACCGGCCCUGGCUCUUCAGGUGCAGGGUGUGAGCCAGGGAAAAAGAUGGUAGUGAAGCGGAGUCCUUGCCUGGCUCCAAAAAGAAAACCUGAACAGCCCUUAUGUUCCUUUCCACAACUUGCCACGCUCUCCAGCACUUCCUUUGAGUGUUUUGCUCCUCUUGUGCCCAUGCAGAAGGAGCGAGGUGAGAACAGCCAGAAAUUCCCAGGUAAAAAAGCCAAGGGGAUCCAGGACAGGAGGUCUGUCAGAAAAAGCAAGGGUGUAGCUUCACCGGUUUCAGACACAGCUGAGUGUGAAGAUUGCCAAGAAACUGCCGUGGCUGCAGCAGUGUGCUGGGAAGAGACUGUAAGAAGAGGRACAGGGCAAAGUCAACAGCUGUUAUUCCCAGGAACUAUUUUGCAGAAUAAGUUCUCAGCAGGAAUUGAAAGCGGUGAACAUGCUUGCUCAGAAGACCUGAACCUCUYAGAUUUCCCAGAAGUUUCAAGGGGUUCAGGAAAGGAAGGCCAGUAUUCCUGUAUGAAAAUAAAAUUACAAAUCCCAUCUUUGGAGGGGGAAAUUGAGAGCGCAGAGAGACAUGGAAUAUCCUGUUCUCUAGAACCAGAAAGUCUGCAACCCAAAAGGGUCACRUGGAGUACUGAAAUGAAAUGCGCUGACCCUGUAAUGAUGCAGAAUAUGCAAUUCCCAGAUCUUACGAAGAAUUYGGGGGCUCAGGAAGCCACACCUGUACCAAAAUCUCAGGAAGAGGUUGAUAUACUAGAGAAGUUGAAUGGGUGUCCAUUAGUUGGAUCCGGAACACUAGGGACACGGGAAAAAGAAAAGAGAUGCUUGGGCAAGAAAGGCAGAUCAGUGGUGAAACCAAAAGUACAUGGUCCCAAAGAGAGGGGUAGUUCUGCCUUGCUAAAACAGCAUUGCCCUGCUAAAACGCAGUGUCUAGAGUCCGGAAAAAGAGCUCUGGGUAUGAGGAACAGAAAAGCAGUGCUGUCACAGCAGCWGCAGGGUCUGAGUGGACAAGAACAGCCAGCAACCAGAAGAAAGAAGCGUUGCAUGGAAGAAGAGCAGCAGAGCUCAAGCCCUCAGAAAGGACRAAAUAGCCCAGAUGGAAGUGCAAAGGAACAAUUGAAAGCUGUUGAGGAAGACUCUGAUACUUCACACACUGUGAAGAAGCUUAAGACAAUGCAAAACAGAUCUGAAGAUUGUGAGGAAAAGGAAUGUCACUGUUCUAAAUCUUCUAGAGUUUCUAAUUCAAGUGGGGCUGAAAGCAAGAGCUUUCUAUGCCAUGCUGUAACAAAAGAGUCUGGUGUGCAAUAUAAAAAAAGGCAACACAGAUCUGAUCAAAUCAAGCACUUGCAAAGUUUAAGUGUGACUGCUGCUGAAAAAGUGAUGAAUACGUCCGCAAAAUGUGAUGCUGAACAUUGCAGUAAUGGUCUAAACCAUUGUAGUGGCUUGCUAUUUGCAACAGAAAAGAAUCCAUUUGUGGUACUAGAGGAUUGUAGUUACAUCAAUACAUUAGUGAAGCCUUCAGCUAGUGGGACUACCAACACUUACAAAUUAAAUGGAGUCUUCCAUGUAGCCCAUGGUACUGGAGCCCUGCAUGAUAGAAUUUGCAGCACUAGUGRGAUGCAGAAUGAGAGCUCACCCAUAAAAUGUAGUUUAUCAUCUAAUAAGGAGAAGAACGGAAAUGAAAAAGGCUGUUUUUCCUGCUGUCUGAGUGAAAGUAGUAAGUGUUUAAGGGAAAAAAAAUGGAAUAUUGGUAGAAAGCAUAGAAAAGAAGUGAAAAUCACUGAGAAAUCUGCAGAUAUGGCUAGUAAGUGCAAAAAGGGUGAGUUAGAAGCAGCAGUUGCCAUGUCAAGCUCAUUUGCAGUUUCAGGACUAAGUCAUACUCUGUCAGCAUCRUGUGAUCAUACAGAAAAAAAUGCACAUGAAGUACAAACUGCAUCAGCUUGGAGAAAGAAUAGUACCAAAUUACUUGUGUGCGAAGGUGCCUUUAAGAAGACAUCUGAGCCCUCUGUAAAAGCAACAGGAGAAAAUUCAAGCAGUGUGGCACAUCAUGCAGCUGCCUCAGGUAGCCUGAGAGUGUUAGCUCAGAUCUGUGAUGUUUCUGAUUGUCACAAAAGCAAGACAGGGGAAUAUUUGAACAAAGUUAGUAAGAAAUUGCAGCAAUUCACCUGUCAAAGAACAAUACCCAUGACUGGUAAAAAAGUUUGGCCUGUUGAAUCUUGUGCCAGGACUUCUGAAUGGUUUCUUGAAAAUCAUAGGCCCAUCUCAGAAGGAAAAAGACUGCGAAAGGCUUUCUUUGAGGAUUCCUCUGAUAAAUGCAGUGUUAAAACUGUAUUACAUAGUGCAGUGACUGGGAAUUUGAGACAGUUGGAUUUACAUACGCCAUUAGCAGACAUUACAAAAGAAAUUACACAUAAAAAUAUUCAUCCAAAUACUGACUGUCAGACUUCACUUGAGACAGCAGAAUCCUCUUCUGUGGAUAUUUAUGAGACUUUUACAAUGAACAGUGAAAAUGGGGAAUCACCCGUUAGUACAGAUAAAAGUGCCGCUUUUAACCAUGAUGCUGUACAACAAGUUAAAGCAAUCUUGAAUUUUACAGCAAAGCAAAAAGAUGAAAAUGAAGGAGAUGUAAUAGAAGGAAACCUGUCUGUGACAGUCCAGAAUGGUAAAACAAAACAAAAAGAUAAAAGUGAACGAGUUGUGACAAAUAGAAACCUGUCUCUCACCAUCCAGAAUGGUACAACAAAACAGAAGGAUAAAAAUGCAGAUGAUAAAAAUGAAGGAGUUGUGGCAAACAGAAACCUGUCUGUCACCAUCCAGAACGGUACAACAAAAAAGGAUAAAAAUGCAGAUGUGACAAAUAGAAACCUGCCCAUGACAGUCCAGAAUGGUGCAACAAAACAAAAAGGUAAAGGUGAACGAGUUGUGACUAAUAGCAACCUGUCUGUGACAGUCCAGAAUGGUACAACAAAACAAAAGGAUAAAAAYGAAGGAGAUGUGACAAAGGGAAACCUGCCUGCAACAGUCCAGAAUGGUGCUUGUACCAGUAACACUAAUAGAAUAAAUUUCAGCCCUAACAUAUCAGUAGUGAACCAGACACUUUCUGAUUUAAAGCUAAUUAAACCAUUAAACUCUGGAAACCUGGCAAAUUUCAAAAUUCCCUUAUGCAGAAGCAAAUCUGAAUCCAAGAAAUUGGAGUCUAUCCAUUCAUUUGAAAGAAAAACUUGUAGUCCACUAGAGCUUUUUGGAAGCACUAGUGUUUCAGGAGGGCAGAAGACAGGUGAAGAGACWUUCUUGGUAAAUUCUGAGCAGCCUCCUCUUCCUGUCGUGGAUGAUGCUACAUCUACAGCUUCCAUACAGAAAAAAAUAGAUGAGAUUGACAGUAAGGAAUUCCAUCAUGAUGGCUCCGUAAACCUCUCAAAUGAGAUAUCURUGCUCCCUGAAAGUUUUUCUGCACAUCCACAUCCUCUUUUUGAUGGACAGCCAGAGUCAUCUGUCCCUGAUGUCUGUGAUACUGAAUGUGUGCUGAAAUCUAGUUUUCCUGAUGAUUUAUGGAAUUCAGUUGACCACCUUGUUGGAUUAGAAAUAAAUGAUGRUAAAAAAUCAAGAAGGAAUCUUUCACAACACAAAAGUCAAAAUUUACCAGAUAUCCUUGAAGCUUACAACCAAGAUGUUCUUGUCAUUGAUGUGAUUCAGGAUGACCCUGACCUUUUUGGAACCACUAAUGAAGAGGAGCUUGCGCCUGCACACUGUGCAAAUUGUCCAGUGAAAGCAUCCUCUGCAAACUGCAUUAAAAGCACAAAGCAGUAUAUAAAGCCUGAAUCUCCCGUUACCUCAGAAAAGACAUAUGCAGUAGAGAAAAGUUUUAGAUAUGUGCAAGAAUCUGGAAUGAUACUGAAUGGUACUGAAAAGUCAAAUGAUACUGAAAAUUCCUGUAAUUUGGUAUUAAAAGCUGAACAUGUGAAAACCUGCAACUCCUCCAGAGGAAGCAGUCCUACGGGAGAUGUUAUUGAGGACUUUUUUAAAGAUGGGCAACAACAGAGCAAGCUGGAUGAACUUUUGGAGAGUUUUGACAUGGAUGAAAAGUUCCAGCUUGCAGAUGGAAUGCCUGAUGUUGAAGAAGAAAAAAAGAGUGAAGCUGUAAAAAGUGACUGUAAGUACAACGUGAACUGUGAAUUACUGUCCAGAUUGCCAUUGAAUGAAGUAAAUCUCUUCAGUGAAGCUACAGUGAUGAAAUCCUGGACAAAUGGUUACAAAUCUUCAGAAAGGAGUGCUUUACUGCCAUUUAAGAAUUGUGGAGAUAUUGAGCCAUGGAAGAUGGAGAAAAACGCAAUUGCUUCUCAUUCAGUCCAGCAGAUCCUUGAUGCACUUAACUUGCCCCGUAAAUACUGCAGAUAUUAUUUCAUGACUUCACGUGGGUGUGAAAGGACAAAAUGUUGGUUCUGUCAUGUUCCUGGACAAGGGGAUGAAAAGAUUUGCAUGGCAAUUCUUAGGACAUACAUUAGUAUCAAAGAAUCAGGCCUCCUAAAACGUGCAGUUCAAAUAUUUGUGCAGUAUUACAGAGAAGUUACUCCUGGUGUGGAUUUUGCUUCUGAAGUGCUGAAUGAUCUUCUUGUUUCACUGCUCAACAAUUGUUUGUUGCAGGAAGUAUUUCAGAUACUGAAUGUAGUUGUACAAAUCAAGAGACUGCCAGCUGUAGAUGUUCUCCUGAAAGUUUUUGAGCAUGUGGCUUCUUUGAAUAUAAGAAAUGCUGUGCCUACAUUAAUCAGUACCUUUUGUAAGCUCAUUGAUGCUGGUAUGUUCCUCGAGUUUGAGCAUUUUGACUACAUUUUAAAGUUACUUCACCAAUUGCAAGUUUCCAGUUGGGAUAUAAGUACUGUAUUGAACAUAAGAUCCAGAUUAAAGGAAAGAUAUUUUGAGAAGACAUGGAUUUUUGAUUUCAACUUGGCAGUGGCUGARAUUCAGCAUUGCAAGGAAAAAAGGGAUUGGACCAAGCUGGGAGCUUUGUAUCUUAAUGCAAGAACUGGAUGUGAACAUAUUGAUGAUCUUCAGAAAUUAUUUUUAUCUGUUGCUGAAAUUCUAACCAAAGAUUCUGAGACAGACASACCAGGAGUUCCUUUUUGUGAUUUUGCUGAUGCAGUCAUGAAAAAUUCACACCCUAAUGAAACAGACAGACUUUUUAUUGGAAGGACUGGGAUAAGCGUAAUGUAUUCAUAUCACAAAGUACUGCAGUGGAUAAAGGGAAGGAAGGUUUUGGAUAAACUACAUGAGCUGCAGAUAGACUUUACACUCUUAAAAGGACUUGUAGGUGCCGGGAGGUCAGCAUCGAGAUGUCAGAUUGUUAACAAAGCUGCAGAAAUCUUUCUUCAUUCUGGAAAUUUGGAUGGAGCAACGAGGGUAUUGAGAGAAUCAGAGUGGAUCACAGACGCACCAUUGUGGCCCUGUGAUAAAAUGGACAUCGUCAAUCGACAUCAUCUGUUAUGUGCAAUAGUGCACAAAUACUUGAGGAAAAGUUUGUACAGGCAGGCAUUUGAAGUUCUGCAGAACUUACCAGAUUUGCAGAAACAUUCUGGUAUUGUAGAUACUUCUGAAUACAGCUGCCUUUUUAACAAGCUGAUAAAUGCCUGUUUUGAGAACAAGAACCUUGGGGUCUCAUCUUCUGCAGUAGACUUCAUGCUUUUCAAAAAUAUUUCUAUUGAUUUUAUUUUACUUAGAAGAUUAAUCACAGCUUUGGGAAGAAGUUCUUUAUGGUCUAAAGCAAGGACUUAUUACAAAAAUGCUUUAUCACUGGGUUGCUACCCAGAGUUGCAAGGAAAUUUAUAUCAUAAACUUCUGAGGAUUCCRUCUUACCUGUCUGAAGUUGAGAUGCUGUUGACCAUUGAAAUAUUUCUUGUUUCAAAUGCCAGUGAUAUUCAAAGAAGUACUAGUCAGACUCUUCAAAUAAUACUGAAAAGGUGUGAAGAUGGGACAGUUCAGAAUAACAGUGGCUAUCAUAUGGCAGUAGAGAGGCUGAUCCAAGCAGCUCGUUUAUCUGAUCCAAAGCUUUUCCUUAAGCAUAUGACAAUGAAUGUUAAUAUGGAAGAAGUUUACAGCCUGGGGCAUACAUCUGCUCUAAAAUGGCUUCAAGAGAAUAUGAAAUGGGCUGAGAAGGUCUGGCUGUUUCARUAGUUACUAAAUAGU